AUGUUCCAAAAGAUUCGAAGGGUAGUGAACAACCUCCGGGAAGGGAAGAGCCUAAAGCUCAUCACGGCCGGGGAGCCCUACCUCCCCUUUGGCCCGGACUUUGGCCUGGCGAUCCUCCCGGAUUACCUGCACGAGGACGAGAUCCUGAAGAUUCGCAAAGGCUACGUGGACGUCUACACACGACAAUCCGACACAAUUCGCGUGAGCGAUGGGCGAUUUCAGCUCCCCCCCCUCCCCACGAGCAGCUUUGUGGACGUGGUGAAACGCCUUGAGCAGGAUCAGAUCCUCCCAGAGGGGUGGGUGAAUAACCAAACCGCGAAUUUAUACGACCCCGGCGACUUCCUCCGCGCGCAUGUGGACAAUUUAUUUGUGUAUGAUGACAUUUUCGCCCUGAUUUCGAUCGGAGCGAACGCCCUUUUACGUUUCGUCCACGUCCAAACCGGCGAGGAGCUCGACGUGAUGAUCCCCGAUCGCUCCGUUUACAUUCUUUCCGGGCCCGCGCGGUAUGUGUAUUUCCACAUGGUGCUUCCUGUGGAGGCCCAACGCCUUUCGCUCGUCUUCCGGCGCUCGAUUUUGAACUCGGACGGGGGAUUUCGCCCGAUUUCGACCCCACUUGGGACGUUGAUGCCCUAUCGCGCCACGCAAAUCUUAAAUACGUUGUAUAGUCGACAAGUCGGCGGGGUCCGGCUGAUGGUCAAGGAUGAUUUUCUCGAAAGCGAAGAUAUCGGCGCUUUUGAUACCUCGAAAUGGGUCAAACGCCUCCACCCCCUGCGCGAUUGGUCGUUGUUAAAACAGCUCGACGAGGAUGAGGCCCGCGUGGCAGAGCUGCACGAGAAAAGAUACCUCAACAUAGAUCUUCGCUGGAGGUUUGACGAGCUCCGGGAGUAUUAUAAAGGGAUGGAAAAGGCACUUCAGAACACCGUCAAAAAUCCGUAA